AUGGUGAACCUCCGAACCGUUCAAGCCCAUAAUGCGACUCUCAAAACCCUAGCCCCGGGUUUAGUCGCGGUGUUCGAGACCUUCAGUCUUGCGAAAUGCGGUGCGCACGCUAGUCUGAUGGGUAAUUUCUUUCUGGAGAGCAUGGCGCGGCAAUACCCGCAUACCUCUUUCGUCCAUGCGUAUCCCUCCGGCGUGGCGACGGGCCUGAUGCGUGAGCUGCCAAUUGCGAGCGGAAUAUCGGCUGUACUUGAGCUACUUCUGCGUCCGUUUAUGGUGCCCGUCCAGGAGAGUGGGGAGAGGCAUCUUCUUGCGGCGACGAGUGGCAGGGUUCCCUGCGAAAGCUGA